UUAGGGCACAACAUGGCCUCAGCACAGCUUCUUUAUAAUAUCGAUACAAAACCAAAAACAACAUCUACUACUUUUACAAGAAAAACAAAAUCAAAUACUACAAAAACAACAACAUCAGCAAAAGCAACAACAAAAACGAAAACAACGAUUCAAUCGACUAUUGAACAUCAUUAUAAAGAAAAACUAUCAAUAUUCUGUAACAAAACGGAAGUUAAACGAAAACAAGAAGAAGAGAAAGAUAUCAGCGGAAAUAUUAACAGUAGCAGGAAACAAUACACAGACAACAGUUCCAAUAAGUACACAACAGAAUCUACAAACAUAUUUCACUGCUCAUCUCGAACUAAAACAAAACAGGAGAGAGAAAAUUUUAUUAAAGAAAAAGCUACCUUCACAUACGAAGCCAAAACGGAAACUUCAUCUAACGACGACGACAUUGAUACAAAAAUUGUGUUCAUCUCUCGGAAAGAACAACAAAAGCAAAUAUGGCCAAAAGCAAAAAAAUUUUCUUACUUCAAGUGUAUGCAGGCAACAGAAGCUGCAACAGAUGCAACAGAACGAUCAACAAACAAUUUGCCUACAGAUGAUGUUGUUGUGGGCUCUGCUGGUGGUGGUGUUCAACGGCAAGCAACAACUACAGUAUUCAACAACAUUACAAACAACAUUGACAACAGCAAAUUGUAUGAGUCAAAUAGUAAAAGAAAAUGUUGUCAAUUUGUAUCCACAAACAUCAACAGCAACAGGACAAUACAACAACAACCAACAAAUUAUCAUAAUAUUAAUGAUGAUGAUGUUUCUAUACACGAUUGUAAAGGAAUUGAGGAGUUUAAAAUCCACACAAACAACAAAAACUAUAACUACAAAAACAACAACAACAACACAAAAAUGCCUAACAACAAUUACAACAAUUUCAUCCUUAAUAACGUUCUCUCAGCCUCAGGCCUUUCAGAAAAUAACAAUUUUCUGGCAAAAUCUUCAAAUGAAACUACAAAAUGCUGCCAAAGAAAUGUUGCUAAACAAUGUUGCCAAAACUAUAAUAAAAAUCAUAAAACUAAUACAACAUCAACAAUAUGUUUUGUUAGCAACCAACAAAAUCAAAUACAUCAACAACAACAACAACGAAAUUUCUGUUAUAAAACUAAGUUUUCUAAAACUACAACAACAAAAACCACAACACCUAACACACAACAACAGCAGCAACAACAAAAUUUUACAACAUUUUCUUCCACUACCACUAUUACAAAAUUCUAUCGAGAUUUGCAAAAAAUGUCCAAAUAUUUUUUAUCACUUUUGGUCAUUUUCAAUAUGCUGCCAUUAUUUUAUGCAGGUAAGUCUUUUCUUCUCUUGAUUGUAUUUCUUUUUUUUUAAUUGGUUAAAUAUAAA